GCCCCGGUCGGGGGCGUGGGGGGGGGCGGUGGGACUUUGCCUCGUUUCCCCGCAGGGUUGGGUUGACGCCGCGGUGGCGGUGGUGGGUCUGGCCCUCCGUUGUUUUUUGGUUCUCUUUUAAGGGGUGGCCUUGGGGUGAGAGUCCGGGCGGGGGGCGCGGAAGGAGGGGACCAUGAGCUGCCGCAGCGGCCACCUCUGCCUUAGGGCCCCUGGAAUCGCGGAGGGGCUGGCGGGCUGAGAGGCCGGGAUUUCUUGGGGUGCAGGUUGGGGAGUGGGGGUGGAGCAGCGGCCGCCGGCCGUGGCAUGUGGAGCUCCACUGGGAGCAUGCUCCAGUUGCUCCCCAAGCUCCUCAAGUACGCCGCUUUGCAGAGCCGGCGGCAGGAGCUGCUAACUCGCUGGGGCCCGCCGCGGGCAGGAGGAGGCGGCGACCCGGCGGACCGGCUCCCUCGGGGGUGCGGCAGCGGCGGCGGCGAGAGCGCUGGGGCUGCGGGCGCAUUGCUUAGCCCCUACCAGGAGCGCAACAGUUUGCAGUCAGACUUGGAGCUGCCCGCGGUGGGCAGCUCCUAUCCCGGGAACAGUACCAGCGGCGGCGGCGGCGGAACAGCCGCUGCUGCCUCUGCUACCGCCGAGGUGAGGACCUGGCGUUACUGCUGCCUCCUGGGCACCUGUUGGUGCAAGAGCUUCCUGCUGGUGUGCGCCCUGGCCGCCCUGUGCUUCUCCUCUCUUUCCCUGGUCCGCCACUACCUGCAGCAUCUCCUCCUGUGGGUCGAGAGCCUGGACAGCUUGCUGGGCGUGCUCCUCUUCAUAGUGGGUUUCAUUGUGGUCUCGUUCCCCUGUGGCUGGGGCUACAUCGUGCUGAAUGUGGCCGCUGGCUACUUGUAUGGCUUUGUGCUUGGCAUGGGGCUCAUGGUGGUGGGGGUCCUCAUCGGCACCUUCAUCGCGCACGUGGUCUGCAAGAAGCUGCUGGCCCACUGGGUGGCCUCCAAGAUCGAGGGCAGCGAGAAGCUGAGCGCCGUAGUCCGAGUGGUGGAGGGGGGAAGCGGUCUCAAAGUGGUGGCCCUGGCCCGACUGACCCCGAUACCUUUUGGACUUCAGAAUGCAGUGUUUUCGAUUACAGAUCUUUCAUUACCCAACUAUCUGAUGGCAUCUUCAAUUGGACUGCUUCCUACCCAGCUCCUAAAUUCUUAUUUGGGUACCACCUUACGUACAAUGGAGGAUGUUAUCGCAGAACAGAGUUUUAGUGGCUAUUUUGUUUUUUGUUUACAGAUUGUUAUAAGUAUAGGCCUCAUGUUUUAUGUAGUACAUCGAGCUCAAGUGGAAUUGAAUGCAGCAAUUGUAGCAUGUGAAAUGGAACUGAAAACCUCUUUUGUUAAAGGCAAUAAACCAAACACCAGUGGCUCUUCAUUCUUCAGCAAGAAGACCCUAGCAUUUUCUGGAGGUGGAAUCAAUAUUGUAUGAGCCUAGUUAAAAAAAAAAUGUAUAUAAUUGUUAAGAACCUGAUGUGUUGCUAGAUUCCUAUAAAUCACUUCAGUAGUGGGCAGCCAGGUUAGAAAUUAAAAUUCAAGUUGUAUUAUGGCACAACCAACUGACCAGUUCUUAAAUUGCACAAUGGCUUUUUGUUUUGUUUUAAAGUGAGGACCAUUAAAGGGUAAAGAGUUUAAAUGUAGAUGUAAUUUUGACUGCACCUUUUUACCAUAUAUUAUGCCUGUUAUGGCUGGUAGGUCUGCACUUUAGUGACUUUAUUUUUAAAUUUAUUUUAUUUUCUGUGUACCUUUUAAAUGGAAAAAUAGCCUAAUAUUUUUCUUCAUAACAUUUUUAUUUAUAAGUCUGUGAAUAGUUGUAUGUAUCUUUCUUAUUGAUAAAGAACCACAAAAGUAUGCAAUUUAAUGUACAAUAUUCUUGAAUGUCCUUUGCUUUGGAAAUAUUUCUGAAACUGAUAAACAGUAUUUUAUAUAUUAUGGGACCAUUUGGCUUCCUUUUCCCUUUUUAUUUUAAAAAACAAACAUUAACUUUUGGUUGAAUGUAUUUUUGUAUAUCAUCAGAUCAUUGCAGGGCCAUUUAUGCAUAUUCACACAAGCUUAUAUCCUACAUUGUGGGACUGAAGUGCUCUUAAGAUAUCUUUUUUAUUUAUACUGUGUAAUAUGCAAAGCAAAAGGAAAGCUAUAGAAUAGUUGAUGGACUGUGUGACUUCUAUUAAGGUUGGUUUAGAAUUGAAACACAUCAUCUAAUUUUAUUACAGUGACAUAUUACCCUCACAAGUUCUUUCAUAAAAGGGCUGUUACAUUGCAAUUCUACUUUAAAAAAAAAAAAAAACUUAAAAAAAUUUUUUUUUCUUUUUAGUUUUAAAAUACAUUUAAUUAGGCUUUCAAAAGAAGGAAGAUAUUUCUCUCUUUAAAAACGCUGGAAUUACCAAUACUACAAAUAUAACACAGGUGGCCUUUUUUUAAAAAAAAGCAAUGCCUUUUUUCUUGUAAAAUUAAGCUUUAAAUAAAUAAACUUUAUAGUUUAUUCAAAUAUAUUUUCCCCAGAUUUCAGCUUUAAAAAAUUAACUAUAUUACUAAGUUACAUGUCCAAAUUUGGGGACCUUUUCCUCUUUAAAGAACAGGUUUUGUGUUGUUUUGGUAAGACUCAGGAAUUCCGAAAUGUGAAAUUGGAAUAAACAUAGGGUCUUGGUUCUUCAUUAUGUAGCAUGAAUUUAGCAUAUUCUGUGUAUAGCACUUAUGAGCAUAGGUACAAUAUAUUGUUUUUAGACUUGUUUUUAUGAAGUGAAUAUGCAUUCUUACCCAUUUUAUCACCUUACAUUUUAACUUGAUUUUGAAUUUAUAAUUUGCUGUUUACAAAGCGAUUGUAUAUUAUGUGUUAACUUAAAAUUAUGGUUUAUAUUAGUUGCUGUGAUGGAUCAGCAAUCUUUUUACAGUGCCUCCUUCUAUUUUGGCCUUUAGGGCCAAAAUUUUGCCACUGAUUUUAAACAUACAUUCUAAAAGUUAUUUGAGGCAGAAGGUUCUAAUGAGGAUACAUUUAAUAAUUUUUUGACACUUUUUCAUUUUACAAGUUCAGUUUUGUUUAAUGGUUCAUAUGGUGUGUAGCUCUCCCAUUUUGAGUGUUAUGAUCUUGGAAACAACUGGAUAGCGCUAAUAGUGAAAUUAAGACAAUCAGUACAAAUGCUUGAAAGGAAUACAAAGUAUAGAACUGGCUUCCAAUUUUUCUUUUCCUUAUUCUUGGAUCACUAUUAGAUGAAAAAGUUAAAGUACUCUUAUUAUUUGCUACAAAAUCAUUUAGUAAAAAGUGAUUUUAUUUUAACUAUCAUGAGUGAUAUUAUAUCCUGAAUUAUGCCCUAGUUUGACUAAGCUGGUAAUAGAUUUAACCAUUUUUUGUUGUUGUUGAUCAAUUUCUUUAAAUACAAAAAGUAUGAUUACAUUAAUUGUUUACAUUGCUAAUUGUUUAAAAAUUCAUGAAUAUGUAUUUUAAGUGCAUUUAUUUACACAGCAUUUUGUAACUUGAAUAACUUCAAGUUUUUGGUAGUUUGAAAUGAGUUCUUCCAGUUGCAUUUUGGUUGGAACUUGUAAUACUUGUGUACAGUUUAAAGAGUAAUGUACAUUUUAAAAGAUUUUUUCUGUAUCCUGCCAAUCAUAAUUUUAUAUAAUAAAUUCAUUCCGAUUCCUUAAAGAAAAAA